AUGUCGGACUUAUUCCGCAGAGCCUCUGAAGCGUUCCACCCUCGUCAGCGUCAAGGCUCGGCCGACUCAACUGAGGCACCCGACCCCCCAGACGCGAGAAAACCUUCCGAGCCAGAGGUAUUCAAGCAAACCUCCGAGCCUUCUCGACCUGAAUCUCACGUCAACGAGGCUAUUGCUGGUACGGCAAAUGGUACGAUCUUGCUUUCCAUUGUCUGCAUACCUGCGUCUGAUAAUGUUGCCCUUCCGAAACAACGACGCCAUUGGGGCUGGGGAAACCACCAGGGGAAACACGCUGAAAAAAAGGGCCAGCCUAGCCAGAACCAAAAAGACAAUGAUUGGAUUAUUGGGACAUAA